CGCUGCUCUGUGGUGUGAAGUAGAAAUUAAUAUAAAAUAUAAAAUUAUUAGAGUUAUAAAGUGAAGUCAUUAUUAAUUUAAACUUUAUGUGAUUAUAUAUGAGUAGACAGUAAUUUAGACACUGUUUGAAACAGAAGGACGGAGAGAGAUGGCGACAUUAGACGUGCUCUGUGACAGGAUUCACCACACACACGAUCCACGGUGGAGCGCGCGCACGGCCACCGGACGUGACGUCGGAGGGGGCGCGCGGCCGAGCGUCACGGUGUGCGUCGCGUGCGUCAUCGAGCUGAUGGACAGCCAACACGUGUCUGUUGUGCGUAAGUCUGUGGCUCUGACGGGUGUAGGAGAACUAAUGAAGACUGAGGGAGUGAUGAGGGAGAUCCUGCAGCAGGACGACAGAGUGUGUGUGCAUUUAACUUCCUCAUUACUCAGGAUGCUGCAGUGUGUGGACGACCCGUGUGUCCUGGACAAAGUCAUUCACGUGCUGGUUCAGCUGCUGGUGGAUCUGAAGACAGAGCAGUUAGUGCAGCAUGUGAUGGAUGAACUCCAGACACUGCUGUGUGAUAUGAGGUGUUUCCUGGCGUGUGUGACAUUUCUGGGUAGACUCCUGGACGCUGUCCCUACAGUCUCACACACCCUGACCUCCUCACACUCGUGUAUGUUGGAGAGUGUGUGUGCGCGGAUGCCGGGCGGGGACGAGGAGCUGAAGGCGGCGGUGUGUUACGUGUUGCGCGGGGUGUGGCAGUGUGAGGAGGCGCUCGGCUCUCUGUCACACACACUCAGGGAGAGGGUGUGUGUGUUACUGCUGCACACCUUCACACACGCCUGCUCACAUCCACUCAUCGCCAACUGCUUCGGGCUGCUGUUAGAGAUGCUGCGCUCUGGAGAGACGGUGUGUUUCCUGAUGAAUCAGGGAGGAGAGAGACAACAUGAGGAGCUUCAGCACUGUUCACUACCUCUCAUAUUAAAGAGGUUGUUGUUGAGUGCUGACGAGUCCCUGCAGGUGGCCAGUGUACAGUGUGUGUGUGCUGUACUCACACACUCCACUCAGUACUGCAGCUCGUUCAUACACGACGACAUCCCAGAGUUCCUGUUGGAGCGCCUGAGCAGCAGCAGCAGUGACGUCCUCCUGUGGUGUGUGUACACGUGUGUGUUACAGCUGUGUGAAGACGCUCUGUUCUUCUCUCAGUGUCACUCUGUGUACGGUAUUGAGUCUGUGGUGCGCAGUCUGAAGGUGUCUCUGAAGAUGUCCAAUCUGGAGGUACCGAGACAGGGACUACAGCUGCUUACUGUCAUACUGGAGAGGCAGCCAGCGGGUGUGCGUCUCUUCCCGAUUCGUUCGGCAUUUGUGGGUGUGGCUGAGGUUGUAGUAGGGGGCGUGUCUUCACCCUGUCUCAGAGUCGCCACCUGGGCAGCACGAGCAGCUUCUGCGCUCAUGAAGAUGCAUCACCAGUCCACCUCAGUGCAUUAUGGAGAAUUAAAGAAGAUCGUUGAGGCUUUAUCGUCUAGAUUCACUGAGUUACCGUCACGGAGCAUCUCUCAGCGCAGAAGGUGUUUUACCACAGAUUCUGAGUCCAGCUCUCAGUCUGCCAGAGCAGGAGCGUUUCUACUGCAGGCUCUCAUCUGUUUAAAUCAGACCUGCAGACUGCUGGAGGAGUGUGUGUGUGAGGACAGUGUUAAGGACAGACCCCCGACGUCAGGAGACCAACAGAAUGAGGAGACACUGGAGAGUGUGUGUGUUUGUGUGCUGAAGUGCUGUGACACAGUGUACAUCCCUACAGUCACGAGAGUGUGUGAGCGCAGCCCCAGUGCUCGUGUUCUGCAGCUCUUCCUCUCCUCCCUCUCUGUACAGUUCUCUCUCUCACCCGCACUCAUGCCUGCAUUCGCCAACAAGCUGGCCUCCUCUGGGUUCAUCAGACUGACUCUGGAACACAAGACUCUUCUGUGCUCAGGGAACAGACACGUGUCUCUAAACGUAGCGUGCUGUGACUUCCUCCUGAAACUCUCUACAUGUUUACUGUCUGACCCUGAGUCACACCACCUGGGUGUUGAGGAGGUGGAGUGUGUGCUACGUGAGUGUUUGCCCUCUCUGUACUACCCUGUGUGUGAUUGGCCCUCGGUGUUGGGGGAGGUUCCAGGAGUCAAUCAGAACACACAGUACUGCCUACUGCACCUGCUGUACCUCUCACUGCUCCACGGUGACAGACUGCUCCCCGACCCCACAGUGUUCUGUAGUGUAGUGGACUUCCUGAGUGCAGUAGAGGUUCAGGGUCACACACUCCCUUCAUCGGUACUACAGGCGUCUCUCUGUCUCUUAUCACACACACAGGGGAACAGCUCUGACCUGGACUGGCCCCCUCUGAGGAGUAUCAGUAAGCUCCUAAGCUCCACCCCUCCGUCCUGCUCCCCUCUCUCUGCCCCUCCCCCCUCCCUCCUGCACUUCCUGUUCCGUUACCCCGAACUGGCCGAAUGCUUCGGGGCGACCGCGCUGACCGCCAGGCUGAGAACAGGGUCGGGGACAGACCCGGAGCACACCGUCAUCAUGGAGAUGAUGGAGAGGAACCCGUCUGUUCUGUUAACACUGCUGGGUGUGGUGUGUGAGGAGCAGCAGGAGGAGUCUGUAUCUGAGCAGGCGGUCGGUGUGAUCAGGAGAUUUCUGAGUCUGCAGCAGAACCACAGCUCUGUGUCUCAAACAUUGAUCAAACCAUCACUGUUACACACACUGUCUAAAGUCACCUGUCACACACACACAGUCCACGGUGUGUCUCUGCUGAUGGAGGUGCUGUGUGUGGUGCAGACUAAUUCUACAGUUCACACUGAUAUGGAUCACACUGACUUCAAACUACUAUAUCACAUCAGUAAUUUUGUUGGAAAGAUGAAGUCCAGUAAUACAGUAUAUCUGUUACCGGCCUUAAACUACCUUUACUGCUGUCUGGCUCUGUCUCCUACACACACUGCUGACCGAGUUGUAUCCAUACUGCUGUGUAACACAGGUCUGAUGGAGUUAUUACAGACUCUGCUGAAUCUCUCCCAGUCCUCAUCACCUUCCUCACCAUCAUCAUCACCUUCAUCAUCACCUUCAUCACCAUCAUCACCUGUCAUCUGCUGCUCCCUCCUAUUGCUCAGCUCACUCGUGACUCUACAGCACACACACUCUGCACAGGUACAUAAGAGUGUGUAUUUAGAGUUAGAGAGUGUACUAAGAACCAUCAUGUUCUGGAAGAGACACACUGACAGCCUGCUGCUGGGGUGUAGUGUGCGUCUGCUGCAGGCCCUGCUGGACGUGGACCUGUGCUCUCCUGUAGUGUGUGUGUCAGAGUGUGUGGAGCUCCACCCACUCAACUACAGAGGAGUCAUCAGCUUCACCACUGCACUGCACUGUCUACUGAUACAGAAACAGGAGAUGCUUCUCAGUGUGUCUGUGAACUGUCUGAACUCACUGAUACACUUCCUGAACCGGAGGAGACCAGUGUUAGUUCAGCAUGUGGUUUGUCAGCCCUGGAGUGGUUUUUUGCUCUACACUCUGCUGAACUCGGGCGACUGUCUCACACUGCACCCUGCAACACUCCGCCUACUCACUCUGCUGGUUCAGUGGUCUGGAGAUGGGUUGCAGUGGGAGUCAAACAUCGUGUGUGUGUGUGAGAGUGCUGAGAGGAGAGGAGUGCAGGAGAUGAGCGUGAACACCGUAAACACUCUGAAACGUCUACUGAUCCAGUGCAGUGAGAGUUCUCUGAGUGAAGAUGUGAAACUGAGAGUGGAGAGACUGUUGGAGCCCCUCGACCAUCUGCGUCCUUCAGAGAGCAGCGCUGGGGGUUUUCUUCGAGUGGGACGUUUAUCCAUCUGCCUUGCUGACUUCACCGUGAAUCAUUAGCCUUCAAUCACACACACACACACACAUGUACCCAGAGUGUGUGUGUGUACAGCACUGAGAGAGUUUCCUGCCUUGUUCUCCUUUAUAUUAUUACAUUAUAUUUACUGUGUAAUGUUCCUGUGUGUUUAAUAAACUCCUCACACACACACA